AUGCCUCCUCCUCUACCAACAGCCCCAAUCGCGAUUCCCGUGAUUCCGCGAUCACCGUCGAAGCAUGACUGGACCAAACAAACUUCAAAGAUAUCUGAAUGUCAGCCGCGGACGUACAGUAAAGAUCCGCUCCCAAUAAGGCCAUCGGACGAAGCACCGCGCAAGGCUCAUAUCACCGGACGAAUUGCCGAACCGGAUAGGGUCGCGUACACGAUAGAGAUCGGCGGCGUGCAAGUUGAUGAUGUGGGCAUCGACGAGAUUCUGGAAUAUGUCUCGGCGUACGACCUCGAACAGUACGAAAACAGAAAAUUUGAAGAGGAAGGCGAAAUCCUCAAAGUGGCCAGAUUGGAGGCCGAGGCGGAAGCAGAGCGACGACGUGAACGCCAAAGACAUCGAGCCAAGACCAAAGGAACUGUCCUUUUUCAGGAAGUAAGCGACGAUGAUGAUGAUGAGGAUCAGUCGGACGAAACUGGAUCUGCGGUGGGUAGGCAUGGGCGCUCUCGACCCACCUACACGCACUUGUUCGAGAAAGGGAGACAACGCAAGAGACGUCGAAAGCGAGAUCCCGAUACUGGCGAGUUAAUGCCGCUCAGUGAUGAGGAAAUUGAUGUCGAGCCGGUCAUACCAGAUCUCGUGCUUCCCGUCUCUAAUCGCCCUCCAGCACCUCCGUUUGCCGCACUGCCGAAGCGGAGACGACGAAAGCGCGAUAAGGCCACUGGAGAGCUCUUGCCACUGGAUCCUCUCGGACAAGGGUCCGUCACAGAGGACUUGGCGUCGCGUAAUGACGAGGACAGCGAAGUCGAUGCUGCACCGCCCUUUCAGCAGACGGUUCGAUCUUCUGCGACCAAGGUUGGAGAACCUCCGAGGCGCAGACGGCGUGAGCGUGAUGUGCACACGGGAGAGCUUCUGCCAUUAGAAUCGCUUGACAAGAGGUUGAGUGACGAGAAGCGCCCUCGUCGUCGCCGUCAUCCACUUACAGGCGAGCUAAUGCCUCUUGGAUGGCGCUACGAUCCAAAGGCUGAAGGCACUACCUACGAACGGAGACAGGAUGGCACGGGCUCAGACUCGCAGGUAUUCAAACGAUUGAGCCUUUCCCAGGAGCAGGAGCCGAAACGGUUGAAGCUUACCUCAGGUAACUCAUCUGAUGAGAUUGUGCAUCCAUACCCAAAGCCAUCCACCCCUAAGCAGCGAUCCUUCAACGUCAAGUCGGAGAGAUCUGAGUCGGACGAGCGGUCCAUGAGGCACGAACACGAAGAGGAUGAUGAUGAAAGCGAGAUGGAGGUGAAGCCAACACCACGGCCGGCAUCUGUCCACCGCUCUGGCGCCACGCCAAAAGCUUCACUCCUUCGUCCCGACGCACGUGCGAACAUGCUCUCAAAAGCCGCCGUUGACACGGCUUCAAAGCCCAUGAACCUCAACUCAUUCCUCGGCGCCAACCGACAGCAUUCUAGCUCGGCGGAGUCAAGUUCGAGCUCGGAGAUGGAUGUCAAAAAAUUUCAGGAGCGCUCGAAGGUCACGGCAGCAACAAUCAUGAACCCCGUGGCCGCUGCACACGGAUCGGAAGACGAAGAAGAGGACGAUGAUGGCGAGGAAGAAGGCUGGGAUAUCGAAAACAUCUUAGCACAUCAGAUGUCCGAUCCUCGAACUCACCCGGGGAAGCCUUCAGGUGAGUAG